AUGGGCUGUCACGUCAGCGUCUUCUCCUCCACGGCCGACAAGGAGGAAAUGGCUCGGAGACUGGGCGCCCAUCAGUUCUACGCGACCCGCGGAGUGACCGACUACACGGCGUUGGGCGUGGACGGCCCCAUUGAUCGGCUUCUGGUUACUUCGUCCGCGAAGGCCGACCUAGCAGUGCUCUAUCCACUGUUAGACCGAAAUGCGGUCAUCAUGCCGUUAAACAAAAUGCUCGAUUUCGCCGCCCGCCAUCAUAUCACCUGUGCCGUGGAGCAUUACCCCAUGACGUUGCAGAGUGUUAAGGAUGCGAUGGAGCGACUGCGGAAAGGAACCAUUCGAUACCGUGCGGUCUUUAGCUGGGAUCGCGCUCGCAAUGGAUACUGCGAAGACAGUCACUAUCGGUCCGGUACAGGGACAUGUUAG